AAACGUUGCUUUGUAUAAUUUGCUUGUUUAUUAUUCAUGAAAAAUUUGCAAGGGCGGAUGCGGCAAAUUGCGAGGUGCCUAAAGCAGGGAAUGAAACAUUGGCCUCAAUUCCACCGGUAUUAGGUUCGGCUGAUUGGUGGAAACUUGGUGAUUAUCCAGGACUCAGAAUCAAAAGAUUCAUAAAGAAACACAACUUGCAGAAAAGUAUUGUAGAAGCCGAAUCAAGACUUGUGUUUUGUAAUCCGAGAGAAACAAAAUUUCAAAUUCCUGAUCUGCCUUCAAUGUUAGUAGCAGACCAAACAUGCUCUCCAUUUGACGCACAAGUUACCAUACCAGAUGCAGUGUUAAUUGGAGGCUACAAAUGUUGGAUAUUGGAAUCAUGGCGUAUAGUUAAAAGAUGUAGUUAUGUUCAAUGUAACUCGAACAGGGAUGACUGUCAAGUACCUGCGUCCACUGUUGUACCUGUUCCUGAUAAAUUUAAAUGCCGAGCUACAAAUCCAAGAUUAUUAAAGGUGUAUGCAUUUUGUGUAGAUGACAACAAAAAAAGACGUCAGUACCAUAUGACGCAUUUUACAAUUCCUCUUCCUCAGUGCUGUACUUGUGUUCAAUUCCAAUGUCUAAGGAGAGGAUGAGUGGUAACUGCUAAUGGUUCUCUGGAGAUUGUAACAUCUUAAUAUCUAUAUUGUAUCACUUUAACAAUCAAUAAACAAACGAUUAUAAUAAGUUGGUUAACAUUGUUAACGUCUGUACAUCGUAAUGUUUUCAUUUACCUUAGCAGAGAGUCCCAAGGAGUGAGAAGGGGUGAGACGAUAAGACGGAAUAGGACGAAAUAAGAUUGUUGCAUUUUCAUAAAUUUUCAUAAAAAUAUAACGAUGAAAAGAAAAACAAAUAUAACUGUUUGUUCAUGAUGCAUAUGUGUCCUAUUCGAUUUGUUUUAUAGAUAAAUUCUCUGUGUCCUUGAAAUGAAAAAAAACUAUACCUUAAUAAAAUUCAACGUUUUUAGAUUUUUAUCUUGUGAACUUUUUCCGUAUAGAAAUCUAUUGAUAAUAGUAAAGUUCCAAUUGGAUACGGUUCACUUGAAAUUAAGACGACAAUUGUUGCGGAAUAAAAAUCAUCAUUGAUUUAAUAUAAAUGUGUUACAUACUAUAAUCAUGUCCAAUAAAACA